UCUUAUUCUUCGUCUCCGUCACGCACACGCUGGUUUGACAAGAAAAAAAAAAGGGGUAUCCUUGAAGAAAACCCGAUUCUCUCUCGCUGGCUUUUGUUGUCCUUCGUCAAAAUCUUCACAAGUGUUCGCGUAAUGCCCUUCCCAUCAAUUCACUUCUUCUGAAUCACAGUUUCCAUCAGCAUUGUGACAUGGCGGGUGAGGGUGGGAAAAGCUUUGCUAGGAGGGAUCGUCUCCUACAAAUUGAGCAUGAUGUUCGAAAGUGGUGGGACGAAGAAGAUGUUUUCCGGGCUGAAUCAUGUGAAAAGCCCCCUGAACCGGGUGAGAAGUUCUUUGGCAACUUCCCUUAUCCUUACAUGAAUGGGUAUUUGCAUCUUGGACACGCUUUCUCACUUUCAAAGCUGGAAUUCGCUGCUGCUUAUCAUAGGCUGAGAGGUGCCAAUGUGCUAUGUCCGUUUGCUUUCCAUUGCACCGGCAUGCCCAUUAAGGCCUCAGCUGAUAAGCUUGCGCGGGAAAUUCAACAAUUUGGGGAUCCACCAAAUUUUCCCCAUGAAUCGGAGGAGGAAAUAGACACUGUACAAGAAGCUGAGGAAGCAAAUGCAGGUGCACCACCAGAUAAGUUCAAGGGCAAGAAGUCCAAGGCUGCGUCAAAAUCUGGUGGUCAGAAAUUCCAGUGGGAGAUCAUGCGUAGUUUUGGCCUCUCUGAUAAUGAGAUAUCCAAAUUCCAAAAUCCAUAUAAUUGGUUGACCUAUUUUCCUCCAUUGGCAAAGGAAGACCUUAUAGCUUUUGGCUUGGGUUGUGAUUGGAGACGCUCCUUUAUCACUACAGAUAUGAACCCGUUUUAUGAUUCCUUUGUGAGAUGGCAGAUGAGGAAGUUGAAAUCCUUGGGGAAGAUUGUGAAAGAUGUCAGAUACACAAUAUUUUCUCCUCUAGAUGGCCAGCCAUGUGCAGAUCAUGAUAGGGCAAGUGGUGAAGGAGUUCAGCCUCAAGAGUACACUAUCAUCAAGAUGGAGUUGGUAUCACCUUUUCCCCCAAAACUAGGAGUGCUGGAGGGGAGAAGAGUUUUCUUGGCAGCUGCGACUUUGAGGCCAGAGACCAUGUAUGGGCAAACAAAUGCAUGGGUAUUGCCUGACGGGAAGUAUGGAGCCUAUGAAAUUAAUGACACUGAUGUCUUUAUUCUCACACAAAGAGCUGCCCUUAACCUUGCCUAUCAGAAGUACUCUAGAAUCCCAGAGAAACCUACAUGCUUGGUUGAGCUGACUGGUUAUGAUUUGAUUGGCCUCCCAUUAAGGUCCCCUCUUUCAUUCAAUGAGAUCAUAUAUGCUCUUCCCAUGCUGACCAUCUUAACAGACAAAGGUACUGGUAUUGUCACUAGUGUGCCUAGUGAUGCACCUGAUGAUUACAUGGCCUUGCAUGAUUUAAAAUCAAAACCAGCUCUUAGGGCAAAGUAUGGUGUGAAGGAUGAAUGGGUAUUGCCCUUUGAAAUUAUUCCCAUCAUCAACAUUCCAGAAUUUGGAGACAGGGCUGCAGAAAAGGUAUGCAUGGACUUGAAAAUCAAAAGCCAGAAUGAGAAGGAGAAGCUUGCUGAUGCCAAGAAGUUGACAUACUUGAAAGGAUUUACUGAGGGAACAAUGCUUGUUGGUGAAUUUACAGGGAGGAAAGUCCAGGAAGCAAAGGCAUUCAUCAGGAGUAAGCUCUUAGAGAUGGGCCUUGCAAUUAUGUAUAGUGAACCUGAGAAGCGGGUGGUAUCAAGGUCUGGCGAUGAUUGUGUUGUGGCACUUACAGAUCAAUGGUAUCUCACAUAUGGGGAAGAAGAAUGGAGGAAGUUGGCUGAGGAGUGCCUGUCCAACAUGAAUCUUUAUUCUGAAGAGACCCGACAUGGCUUUGAGCACACUCUGAGCUGGCUGAAUCAGUGGGCUUGUUCACGAUCGUUUGGGCUUGGGACUCGCAUUCCCUGGGAUGAACAAUUUCUUGUUGAGUCAUUGUCUGAUUCCACCAUUUACAUGGCUUAUUACACUGUUGCCCACCUGUUACAGAAUGGGGACAUAUAUGGAUCCAGCAGAUCUUCUAUAAAGCCUGAACAAUUGACUGAUGAGGUUUGGGAUUUUAUUUUCUGUGGUGGCGCAUACCCGAAAUCCUCUGAUAUCUCUUCAUCGAUACUUAAUAAGAUGAAGCAGGAGUUUGAAUACUGGUACCCAUUUGAUCUUCGAGUGUCUGGUAAGGAUCUCAUCCAGAAUCAUCUGACCUUCUCCAUCUACAACCACACAGCAAUCAUGUCCAAGAAGCACUGGCCUCGUGGGUUUAGAUGCAACGGGCACAUCAUGCUCAAUUCUGAAAAGAUGUCCAAGUCUACAGGGAAUUUCAGGACAUUGCGCCAAGCAAUUGAGGAAUUUUCUGCUGAUGCCACACGAUUUUCAUUGGCUGAUGCUGGUGAUGGUGUUGACGAUGCAAAUUUUGUAUUUGAGACUGCAAAUGCUGCCAUCCUACGACUCACCAAAGAAAUCUCAUGGAUGGAAGAAGUUCUGGCAGCAGAGUCUUCUUUGAGGACAGGCCCCCCGUCUACUUAUGCUGAUCGGGUGUUUGCAAAUGAUAUAAACAUUGCUGUCAAAAUGACCGAGCAGAAUUACCGGGACUACAUGUUUCGAGAAGCUCUGAAGACUGGCUUUUAUGAUCUUCAAGCUGCAAGGGAUGAGUACAGGUUCUCAUGUGGUGCUGGGGGCAUGAACCGUGAUUUGGUGUGGCAUUUUAUGGAUGUGCAGACUCGGCUUAUCACUCCAAUCUGUCCUCACUAUGGAGAGUAUGUUUGGAGGAUCCUUUUGAACAAGAAUGGGUUUGUUGUGAAGGCUGGAUGGCCUGUAGCUGAUUCUCCAGAUCUAACCCUCAAGAUUGCCAACAAGUAUCUCCAAGACUCAAUUGUUUUGAUGAGGAAACUGCUUCAGAAACAAAUAUUAGGUUCAAAGAAAGCCAAUAAGAAGGGCGCUCCAGUCACUACACUGAGUGAAGACAACAGGCUAGCAGGUUUGAUAUAUGUGAAUGAGCAAUUUGACGGAUGGAAAGCAGAAUGCUUGAGGAUAUUGCAAAGUAAGUUUGACAGUAAGACUCACACUUUUGCUCCAGAUGGGGAGAUAAUGGAGGCAUUGAAGAAUAGUUCUAUUGGUCAGGCUGCAAAUUUCAAGCAAACCCAAAAGUUGUGUAUGCCUUUCUUGAGGUUCAAGAAGGAUGAGGCAGUCACUCUAGGGGCUCAGGCUUUGGAAUUGAGGCUACCAUUUGGAGAGAUUGAGGUCCUUCAAGAGAACUUGGACUUGAUUAGGAGACAAAUUGGUCUUGAAGAGGUGGAGAUUUUGUCUGCAACUGACCCCGAUGCUCUUGCUAAAGCUGGUACCCUUGUUUCACUGCUAAAUCAGAAUCCUCCAUCCCCUGGAAAUCCAACUGCCAUCUUCUUGACUAGGUCAUAGGAAAUGGCUGGUAUUAAGGGAGCAAAUAGUAGUGAUUUACUUGACCUGGAAACUGAUGAUCUUGCUGUACAUGUUGUUUGGGAGAAACUCAAAUGACUACACUGAACAGAAGACCUUUACAAGAUGCCAUGGUAUAUGUGGUUCGUGAACUUUUCUUACUGUUGUUCUAAUAGGGAACAGGCCAUUUUGACAUUAUUAUUUUGUUAUCUAGAUGAAAUGGAUUUGAUUUGGGGUGUGCAACACUUGGUUUUUGUUAAACUUCUGCCUUGUGUUGUUUAAUUUUAUAUUUAAUUUCAUCUGUUGUUAUUGACUGUAGUAGCACUUUUUAAGGUUCUGGAGGGGAGAGGAUGGAACGGGACCAUCUGGAUUUACAUUAAGGAGAGCCAUUUUAAUUUU